AUGAAAAAAAAUUGUAAAACUAGAUAAUACUCAUUUUAAAUUACAAUUACUAAAAAAGCCUUUCUAAAUUUCAAAAAUUAAUAUUAAGAUUAGAAAAGCAAGAUUCUGGAAUAAAACCAAGGUAUCUAAUCUAAGCAUUAUCUAGAAGAUAACGAUUUAACAAAGAGGGACGUAAUGGCUAUAAUUAACCAGCCUGAAUAAAUGAAGAAAAAUACAAUUAGCAUGUCCAAAUUUGAUAAAAAAUUAUUAAACUCUCUUAACUAGCUAGAAACCUUUUUAGAUCGGUCUGAAAAGGAAGAUACUCCUCUCAUUCUUGCAAAAAAAGAUGAAAAUAUGUUUAAAUACUUUGUUAAUAAUGAAGAUGAUAAUGGAACGAGUGUAUCAAGUUGA